UGCCACUUGUCGCUCACUACUACAAAAAUGACAAAAGAGACUACCUAUAGGAGACCGGUUGAGGUUAUUAACCCAUUUCUUAAAUGUAGGAAACCAUUGAUUAUCUAAAACCAGUCUCUUAAGUUUAAGUAUUUGACUAAUAAAAAAAGUUAUUGUGAAAUAAGAGAUUGUUUCCAAGUAAAACCGGUACCCUUGAUAUAUCUUUUUUUUUUAAUUCAAUUUUUUUUCAACAUAAUACACUAUUAUACUUAUAUAUUCUUAAUGUGAAGAUUUAAGAGACUACUUCUAACUUGAAUCGGUUUCCUAAAAAUAAUAAUUCUAAAAUUUAAUAUGUUUUUAAUUAAUACUAAUGCAAUAUAAAUUAUAUAUAUAAGUCUAUUUACUUUUAAAAUUAUAUAACAGAUACAAGAGAGAAAAAAAAAAAACUACCUCUCCUUUUAUUCUACCUAGAUCGUGGUUAAUACCUGUCAAAAGAAAAAAAAAAAAACCAUUACUGCGCCAUAGCUUCUUGCGCUUCACUCCCCUCUAUCCUAUUCUCAGACUCUCACGCUCCUCUCUGGCUCUCUCUCUCUCUCCCUCCUCUCUCCUCCCUCCACUCUGCUCCUCUAAUUCUCUCUCUUCUCUCUCCUCUCUACUCCUCUAAUUCUCUCUCCUAUCUCUCAAUAUAGAACGACACUCAAAGUCUCAAACUACCGACGAAAACAGUGAGGACUUCGCCGAGACGCCGACCACUGCUCGCCUCCUUUAAUUCGAACUUUGAAGUUAGACUUCGCCGACAUAGUAAUCCUCCAUUAACUCGAACCAGCAAGUUGUUAAGUUUUUAUUUUUGAGUUUUUAUUUCAUAUUUUCCAACUUUUAUAAGUUUAUAUAUGUUAGAUUCUUAUAUUAAUCCAUUAUUUGGAUGUAAAUCGUUGAUUAAUUAGUUAGGGUUUGCUUAUUGAAAUUCAAAAUUGUGGGUCCGCUAGGAUGGGUUUAACAAGCAAUAACGAGGCCUUGAUAGAUUUGAUUAAGGUUUGUUGAACACGGUAAACAAACAAAAAUGCCAAUGUGUUGUUGUACAUGUUGAUUAUAUAUGUAAGAGUACAUAAUAUAAAGAUUUUUGCUGUAAAUCUUGAAAUGAUUAUCAAAGAAAAGCCCCCCUGUUUUAAGUAUUUUAUCUAAAUUUUAGAAGUGUUUGAAUCUUUGUGCAAUGGGUGGAUAGAUUGAGUGAUGUUUGUAUAUACUAAAGUUUGAAUAGUUGAUGAUUUUGUAAGAAAAUAUGUAAAAUGGACAGUAACUAGCUAAUUGAUUGCAGUCUAAGGGAAAGCAAUCUUAUAGGCAAUAUUUGACAUUAUUAUCGUCUAAUGCAUUGUUUUUUAGGUUUCUUGUCUUAAUAGGUGCCUGAGAAAUUACUUACCUUUACUUUGAUCUCUUAUGGUGUAUUUUUCUUGUCAUUUACAAUUCUGAUGGAUAUCCUUUGAAUUGCAUAUGCCAACACAAAACUCAAGCUAGGAACUGGUGUACUAAUUGCAUUUCCGGUUCCGAAAGAACAUUCUGCUUCUGGAAACUUUGUUGAAUAUGCAAUACAGAGAGCCUUGACUGAAGCAAGAGAUGAGGAACUGGCAACUGAAGUCGCUUGGGUUGUUGUGUAUCUUACAGCCCUUUCAAACAUUGCUUAAAGUAUGAUGGUUAAGAGCAAUCUUGUUCAUAUUCUUGUGAGAAGAUUGGCAACAUCUAACAGUUUACAAUUGCAUAUACCGGUUGCUCGCAAGUUGUGGUCAUUAGCUCGCAAGUUUAUAUUUGCUUAUGCAACUCCACUGCAUGUUGCUGCUCAGCAAGGUACCUAUCUAGCUGACUGUUUCAAUCGAAUGGAACAGUGUGAAAAGAACCUACAAGGCCCCAUCAGAAUCAGAGGAGAAGGUCGCCAUCGUUUUAAACCUUUCAGUACUUUCUUGGGAUUCAUAGCACUUGUUCGCAAGAGAUGAUUGACGAGUUAAGAGAUACGUGGGUGAAAUAUUUAAACAAUCAAAUACGAGACGUGGAGAUUGAAGACAAUGGUCACGUUUUAAUUGUACAUAUUAUUUGCUCAAGUUAGAAUUUUAAUUUUCAUAGAUAUCAUUAGAUCAUAGAAAUUUUAUUUUUAAGACAUUAAUUAUUGGAAUAUAUUGAUGCUUUGACAAGUGAAAUUGAUUUUGUAUGUAAAUUAAAUGUAGCAAAUAUUUUUUACAUUAUUAAUAAAGCAAGCAGGAAUUUUUGUUUCAUAAAA